GCAAGCUGUUCCUUUGGUCGUCGUCAGCAUCAGCAAGUGUUGACAUCCGAUUUACAAAGUACAAACUAUGGCGCGCAGUGACGACCACACUUUGCUGCUCAUUAUUAACAAGUUACAGGCCCUUGGGUGUGAUGAACUAGAGACACUGGAGCCCCAGUGGGUGCACUCAGUCCUUGUGUCACCUGGCAGGACAAGACAGAACCUUCUCAGAUGGGUCAUUACUCGCCUCUCUCCUAGUGAAUACUCAAAAUUAUCCUCACUGCCCAACCAUGCACAGGAACAAAAAAUUCUUCAAAUCUUGAUAUGCGUGGGGAUCUGCCUGCCAGGAGACACAGACAUCGUUGAGGGAUCAGCUCCCGAGGUGACACAACUCAAGUUUUGGAAGACCUGUCUAGACGUUAUUGAACACCUACAGGACUUUUCUCAACCAAGACACAAGGAAAGGAUUGACCCUCAGGAUGCAGAUCUGCUUCUAUCCCACCUGGCUCACUCAUCUCACCUGCUUCCUACCCUCAGGGAAGAAGUAAUGCUGGUGCCAGAGGACUUGCAGGACAAGUACCAUGCAUGGUGCCGGCAACAGAAACACACACCCGUCUCUGACUCUUUGAGGAAGGUGAACGAACAGCUUAGCAGAGAGCAAGAAAAACACAAUUAUUUAGAAAAAUGUAAGGCGAUACCUUCUGCCGAGGAGCACCAGAGUCUGCAGGCAAGUGUUGAGAAAGCCUUGUCCAGCCUCGCCAAGGAGCAGGAGGUACUGCGGGAUGUGUACUCCACCCAUAUCGCCCCCUGGACCACCUCCUCCACCCAGCUGGAGCUCCCAAAUACUGGACCGCUGGUGGAGGAGGCUGAUUCCAAGCUCUCCACUUUACUCAAGGCCCUCAAGACCUCCGAGGAAAUGCUCGAGAAUUGUGAGAGGCUUGAGGAACAGAAGAAGGCCAUCCUGAGGGAGGCACAGCACCCGUCCUCCAUCACCACAACACUACACUCCCUGGUGGCCAAGGAAGGCAAACAGGAUGUAUGACGGCCACCUUUCUCUCUUCUCUUCUCUUCUCUUGUCUCGCUGCCCAGUAUGAGCCCUUGCUGAUGUGAAGAGCAGCUUUUUUGUUCCUUUACUAGGGAUUGUUUACUUUACAAACUUCAUGGUACUUUAUGUUGAUCAAUGGAAACUAAUGAGAAAGUAUUGAAAUUUUUAUAUUAAAUAGUUAUAUUAAUUAUCUCGGUUCACUACAACUUACACUGAAGGUAAAUAAAAGAUGCAAGGUAACAUUAAUUCUGUGAUGCAAGAUAGUACCCUGUUAAACUGAGAAGGCUUUCUGUAAAACUGCAUUGGCUUGUAUUCUAGUACAGAUAAAAUAUUUACAAUUUGUAGAGCUUUACCAUGGAGUACCUUUAGGAAAUAGUGUCAUUCCUUAUGGUGCAUCACAUUGCCUAUCCUUCAAAUUAUAGACUGUUCCUUAGAGCAUACUUGUGUGAACGUCCAAGAGAAGCAAGGAGGUAUUGCCACAUGAAUCAUUUUACUGUGCAUGGUAAUUGCAAGUUGGUGUAUUCAAAAUAAGGAAAAGGUGACAACGAGGCUACUGUCCAAACAAUGAUGAGUAAAGUUGUCACAGGCAGCAGGUUUAUUUUGAAUUUCACAACCAGUGUGGUAAACAUCUUUGUUUUGACAUCUGAAAGAACCACACUCAGUGCAGGAAGGUAAAUCUGCUGUUCUGAAGCCAUCACACUCAGUCGGUGGUUUUCAGUACAAGAAGAAGGGCAACACACAGGUGCCAACAAAAGCCAUACACCAGAUGAAGUUACUCGUGAUGGUGGUGGUGUGUGUGGCAGCUGCAGAUGGAAGAAGCAUGCAAGACUGGAACAAGUUUACCAAACACUACAAGGGAAAUACACACGUCAGUGAUCAAAGACUCAAAACAACUAUGUGGCCAAGACAAUACAUUAGUCCUUCAUCACAUACAGGCAAAAAUAUGGAUACAGGAGCACUUUCGCUGACCACUGACAAAUUCCAUGGACUGGUGGGCAUAAAGAGCAAAGAUGCUACAGAGAUGCCAAGGCAUCAUGGCAGAAGACUGGGUCUGCUUUCCCAGCGAGGAUACCACCACUUGAAAUGCUUACUAAAUAAACACAGAUGUAGAGAACAACAACAAAACAUCAGGCAAAGCAAACCAUCAUUCAUCCCUCAACGACCAAAUGCUGCUUCUUUCAAUUUAGUUCCACCUGGUGCAGUUACUAAAGGAGAAACAUUCUCAAGGCAACCUGAAAAGUAUAAUCACCAAGAAGUUUAUCUCCCUGAUGGCUCAGAACUCUCAUUGACUGCACCAUCUCUCAGUCCCCUGGCUGCUGCAUUAAAGCCUGACAACAAUCACAAGGGUGAGAAGUGGGUUGUGAAAUGUCAAAUAAUCAAGAAAAGGAUGGCACGUUCUGUCAAGAGUGCAUCUGUCCAAGAUCCACUCAUACAUUCACACACUCAACAAGAACAGCAACACUUUGUACCAGGGCCAAAUGAAGCUGCUAAUGAGAUGACAGAGCCAUGAUUGAGGAAGGAAUUACUCAAAGAAAUCUACCAUCCAAUUCUCAACCAGAAACAGUCCCAGAUGCCAUGAAUGAAAGGGAUGAACGUACCAAUUCAUAUAACAAACCUCCUUCUAUAUUACUUGGAUCAAAAUUCUUUAACAUAUUACGCAAUAUAAACUUGGAUGUUAUAAAAAAGAUUCUGCAACUUGUCAAGAAAGAUUCUGACAUAAAAUCCUUUAAGAAAUUAAUGUAUAAUCUAAUAUUGCAGUAUCCAAAUUUAAAAAGCACUAUCAAGAAGAUCCUUGAAGAAGUGAAUAAACAAAAGCAUUUGAAUAUUUUGAAGACAAUAUUCGUAUACAUUAUAGACUUUUGGGGGAUUCUUAGUAGAGAAGGGGAAGGUUCUGAAACAUAGGUGGGCCACUCAGCCACAGCCCACCACAACACAUGAUGCAGAUUGGUUCAAAAGGAAACAUUUCUGAGGCAAACUUCAAAAUCAUUCCUAAGGUAAUUUUGUAAACACAGGAAAGGAAAGAAAUUCAGCAAAACCAAUUGAACUUUGUGAUUUCCUCUCAGUAAACUUUAUCAAUUCACAGCAAAUGUCACUGAAAUGGAAACAUAUUGUUGAAAAAGUGUUAAUCACGGCAUACUAUGUGAAGGAGUUUUUAAUCAAGCAUACUGAAGGCAAAAUAAAUAACUAAACACUU